AUGUCCGGAGAAGCAUGGCUAUACCUCCUGGCGGUCCUUAUCAAUGCGGUCAACCUCUUCCUACAGGUCUUCUUCACAAUCAUGUACAGUGAUCUAGAAUGCGACUAUAUCAAUCCUAUUGACCUCUGCAACCGCCUAAACUCCUACAUUAUCCCUGAAGCCGCAGUCCAUGCCUUCAUAACCUUCUUGUUUGUUAUUAAUGGAUACUGGCUUACAAUCGCAUUCAACCUGCCGCUUCUCGCAUACAAUGCAAAGAAGUAUGUCCUCCCCCGCACCCGGCUUGAUGAUCACACAACAAACCGACCACCCCCCUUAUAUACCCACCUGUCGGCCAUUUGGGGACCUCCAAACUAA